AUGAGGGUUCAAUCGUUGCUGUGCUUUCUGCCUGUGUUGGCUAGAGCUUCUCCUAACCCAGCUCACCUCCAACUCUGGACUCGUCAGGAAGGGGAGAGACCAUACAAUUCGUCCCUACAGAAUGUGACCAUCUUCGGCACCGGCGGUACCAUUGCGAGCGUCGGCUCUUCGUCGACAGAAACCGUUGGGGGCUUGGGGGGUGGCUACUCGGUCGGCCUCGGCGUUGAGCAAGUCCUCGAGGCCGUCCCGGAGCUGUUGGAGCGCGCGAACAUCAAUACCUUCCAGGUCACCAACGAGCCCUCGGGAUCUAUCAAUGCGACACAUCUUCUAGAACUGUCUGAACUGAUCCAAGCCGAGGUCGAGAAAUCCGACAUCUCCGGCGUUGUCGUCACGCACGGCACCGACACGGUGGAAGAGACUUGCUUCUUCCUUGAUCUGACGGUCAAGACCGACAAGCCCAUCGUAUGCACGGCAGCCAUGCGGCCAGCGACUGCGAUCUCCGCCGACGGACCGCUCAAUGUCCUACAAGCCGUAAUCUUGGCCACUGCCCCCAACGCACGCGGCCGAGGUGCCAUGAUCUCUCUCAGCGACCGUAUCGGCAGCGCCUUCUACUCCACCAAGACGCACGCCAAUGCCCUGGACACCUUCCACAACUUUGACGCCGGUGUCCUGGGCUACUACAUCAACCAGGUGCCCUACUUCUACUACUCGGCGGCACUAGCAACCGGCAAGCAAUAUUUCAACGUCUCCGGUCUGACCAGUCUGCCCAAAGUCGACAUCCUCUACUCCCACCAGGACAUGAACCCGGAACUCUUCCAAUUCUCCUCCGACAACGGUGCAGAGGGCAUCGUCUAUGCCGGCAACGGCGCCGGCGGCAUCAGCAGGGACGCCCGUGCGGCGGCAGAGGAGGUCCACAACGCCACGGGCAAGAGCAUCGUUGCCAGUCGCAAGGUCAACACCGGCUUCGCGACCACGCGAGAGUGGGUGAUCGGUAGCGGAUUCCUCAAUCCUGUUCGCGCAAGAAUAUUCCUUCAACUGGGUCUCACGAGGGGCCUGGAUAACGAUGGCAUCGUAGAGCUGUUCGGGACCUUGUACCCGGAUGCUUGGACCGGAGAGUAA